GUGAAAAGGCCUUGUCACUACUCGGCCUGUCCAGUCUGUGAGUGCGAGUGUUUUGGUUCUGCGCAGAUCUGUGCCAGCGGACCGUCGUGAACACAUGAGCAGAAUGUCUGCCGGUAGAAAAGGAGCCAUUAAUAGAUGACUGGAAUCUAGACCGUGAUAAAUAAUGGCUGACCUGCAACCCCAGGGGGAUCUUUUGAAAAUGACUCACAGAGAAACCUGGAAGAUGCAGCAUGAGAAGUUGCAUGUGAAGCACAGAGGUCAUGAGGCCAUGCAUGCUGAGAUGGUUCUGAUUCUUAUAGCCACGCUAGUGGUUGCUCAGAUUGUGCUGGUUCAGUGGAAGCAAAGACACUGCAGAUCCUACAACCUUGUGACACUGCUCCAGAUGUGGGUGGUUCCUCUGUACUUCACCAUUAAGCUUUACUGGUGGCGUUUCCUGUCCACAUGGGGCAUGUUCUCUGUUAUCACCAGCUAUGUCAUAUUCAGAGCCACACGCAAGCCGCUGUCCUGCAGAACACCACGGAUGGUGUACAAGUGGUUCCUCCUCAUUUACAAGUUGAGCUACGCUGUGGGUGUGAUUGGAUAUCUCGCCAUUAUGUUUACCAUGUUUGGAUUCAACAUUUUCUUCAGGAUUAAAGCUGAGGACUCCAUGGAUGUUGGUGUGAUCAUGCUUUUCUAUGGUCUGUACUAUGGGGUGAUGGGACGAGACUUUGCAGAAAUCUGCUCAGAUUACAUGGCAUCCACUAUAGGGUACUAUAACAGGGGUGGCAUGCCUUCCCGAAACCUUAGUGAUGACAUAUGUGCUGUGUGUGGUCAGAAGAUCCUUGUGGAUGUUGAUGAAGAAGGCAUAAUUGAAGACACCUACCAGCUCUCGUGUAACCACUUAUUUCAUGAAUUCUGUAUUCGAGGCUGGUGCAUUGUGGGAAAAAAGCAGACGUGUCCAUACUGCAAUGAGAAGGUUGACCUCAAAAGGAUGAUGAACAACCCCUGGGAGAGAACACAUGUUUUAUAUGGACAACUUCUGGAUUGGUUAAGGUACCUGGUGGCCUGGCAACCCAUCAUAAUUGGAAUCGUGCACGGGAUAAAUUUUUCUCUUGGACUUGAAUGAUACCUGCAGUAUUUAGUUCCAUUAAAACAGUAAAGGUGUUUACCUUUAAUUAGUAUUUAUUUGACCUAUAAUUAGUAUUUAUUUGUAAAUUGUAUACUUUAUAAUGUAAAUCACACAGUUGCUUUUGUAAUUUAUUUGAUACAAAGUAACAGACUUAUCCACACCCUACAACAUAUACACAAUUUUCAAAAAGUGACCUUUGCUUAUACGUUAAUCAAAGGCUUCUCUUUCAUUCUCUAAAGAUACUGUACUGUAUCUAUUUUGAAAUGUUCCAUCACUCCUAAUCAAUACAGUGCCUCAUUUAUUUGUGCCUCAUGUAAAUUUGUUUGCCAUUUAAAUGUUGUCUUUAUUUAAAGAAAGGAUAUAUAUUUUUGAUCGGGAGAAAAAGAUGUGGGGUGAACUGGAUUGAUUGACAAGACAGUGGACAGUAUUUUCUAUUAUUAUUAUUGUGUUAAAAAGAAAAUAACUGGUGUACAAAAAUACAACCCCAGUUCCUAAAAAGUUGGGACAGAAUGCAAAGUAAAAACAAAAAGUACUGAUUUGUUAACUGUCGUUAAGACACUAACAGCUUACAGACGGUAGGCAGUUAUAGUCACACUUUCUUCUGACUCUGAAAAGAACCAAAAUAAAGAUGCCCAGGGUCCCUGCUCAUCUGCGUGAACGUGCCUUAGGCAUGCUGAUUGGAGGCAUGAGGACCGCAGAUGUGGCCAGGGCAAUAAAUCGCAAUGUCCGUACUGUGAGACGCCUAAGACCACACUACAGGGAGACAGGAAGGACAGCUGAUCAUCCUCGCAGUGGCAGACCACGUGUAACAACACCUUCACAGGAUCAGUACAUCCGAAUAUCACACCUGCGGGACAGGUACAGGAUGGCAACAACAACUGCCCAAGUUACACAAGGAUAGCACAAUCCCUCCAUCAGUGCUCAGACUGUCCGCAAUAGGCUGAGAGAGGCUGGACUGAGAGCUUGUAGGCCUGUUGUAUGGCACAAACAUCAACACUGUCCAGAAGUGCCUCUAACUUUUCUGGACUCGCUCUCAUUUGAGAUGGAAAUUAGAACAGUGGAGUCAUGUUUUGUGGGCCGACAAGUCCACAUUUCAAAGUAUGUGAUGCAAAAUACAGCAAUGACAGCCCAGUACAAUUGAGCAUCAGAAGACUUGCAUAAUGGAUGAAUGUGAGAAGAUGCUUGCUAAACUUUUGUCUUCAGUGCUUAAAUGCUUAAGUGUUAUUAGAAGAAAUGGUGAUGUUAGACAGUGGUAAAGAGUUGACUGUCCCAACCUUUUUGGAGUGUGUUGCAAUCUGAUUUGAAAUCAGUGUGUAUUGAAAAAAAAUAUAUACACACACACACACACACACUCACAGUUGAAGUCAGAAGUUUACAUACACCUUACCCACAUACAUUUAAACUCAGUUUUACACAAUUUCUCACAUUUAAUCGUAGAAAACAUUCCCUGUCUUAGGUCAGUUAGGAUCACUUAUUUAAGAUUGUGAAAUGUCUGAAUAAUAGUAGAGAGAAUGAUUUAUUUCAGCUUUCAUCAUAUUCCCAGUGGGUCUGAAGUUUACGUACACUUUGUUAGUAUUUGGUAGUAUUGCCUUUAAGUUGUUUAACUUGGGUCAAAGUUUUUCGAUAUGAUGGCUGUGUGGUCCCAUGGCGUUUAUACUUGCAUACUAUUGUUUGUACAGAUGUACAUGGUACCUUCAGGCAUUUGGAAAUUGCUCCCAAGGAUGAACCAGACUUGUAGAGGUCCACAAUUUGUUUUCUGAGGUCAUAGCUGAUUUCUUUUGAUUUUUCCAUGAUGUUAAGCAAAGAGGCACUGAGUUUGAAGGUAGGCCUUAAAAUACAUCCAAAAGUAGUACUCCAAUUAACAUUUGAUUAUAAUAGGCUAAUUGCCUAAAGGCUUGACAUUAUUUUCUGGAAUUUUCCAAGCUGCUUAAAGGCACAGUUAACUUGGUAAACUUCUGACCCACUGGAAUUGUGAUAUUAAAAGUGAAACAAUCUGGCUGUAAACAAUUGUUGGAAAAAUUACUUAACGACAUGCCAAAACUAUAGUUUGUUAAUAUGAAAUCUGUGGAGUGGUUAAAUUUGUUUUAAUGACUUCAUCUUAAGUUUGUGUAUAUACACAUAUACAUACACACACACACACAAUUAUUAUUUUUUUUUAAUUCACAUGGUAAAACCUCAAAUAAUGUAUUGUUGCAGUGCUUUCAGUACAGCAAUCCUUUUUUGGUUUUCACAUUUUCCUACCGUCCCAAAUUUUUAGGAAUUGGGGUUGUAGAACAAGUUGGGUGUGGAUUAUUCAAUAUUUUGUUUUCAUUUUCACUAGCUGAUAUGACAGUCUUGAUUUAUACUGACACGUUAAGACCUCAUUCACAGUAACGCAAUAUUUAAUUAAUAAUAAUUCAAAUGAAUCUGUGAGGGACAUUGAGGCUAUAGUUUUGCGUUUUAACAUUGAAUUUUUCUAAGAGGUGCUGCAUUCAUGUAUUUGGAAACACAUUUUUUGGUGUUAUGAGGUCAAGGAAAUUGGUGAAUGCCAACAAAAUAAAUUAUCUGUCAGUCCAAUCCUCCUGCACACUCAGUCUCUUUAUAAAUGUUUGCCAAAAGUGUUUUAUAUAAAGACAAACACUUCAAAUUCAAGCAU